AUGGAGCCUGUUGUGCUUGCUCCCUCCCCCUCCGUGGCCUCCGCGGACUACAGAAAUCUCUAUGAGUUUGCAGUUCAAAAUUUCCCUUCCGAGUCCUUCUCUAUCUCUGAAGGGGUAUACGCUGUUGCUAUCAUCUCCCACGAGAAACGCAUCAUCGAUGUCUCACCAGUCGAUUUGCAUUGGUUCAAAGUAAAGCAGAAAAAUUCGGUCUUGCGAUUAAAGUCGGCAUAUCAGAAGAUGACGGGCGCAAGCGUACAUUUCAAAUUGGAAGGGGUACCGAUCGAGGAUGCGACUUUGAUGCGUGACCUCGGCGUUGAGAAACAGCAAAGCAUCAUCGUCCUGACUUUGCAUAAAGACUCCAGCGUAUCGGCUGCAUCUAGUCAGGAUAAAAAAGCACUUCAACCCAUUAAUAACAUUCAGCUUCCCGCACGCUCGAAUCUAUACGCCAGCCGCGAUAAGCCGAUCAUCAAAGACAAGCAACUACAGGACGGUGGUUUGUCUCAAAAUGAGUCGAACGUUCUUUUCCCACAUUCUAGAGAAUGUGUUAAGUCGGAGAUCGAAGCGGAUACUACAAUGUCUGAAUCGGAAGUCCAGGAUGCAGCCCCCAAUCUAGGCCUUCAAAACACUCGGCUCCGGAAGCUCAUUGAAGAGGCGCAUCCAGACGAACUCGAGAAAAUUUCCAACUUGCAAGAGCACAAAGUCGAUACACCCACGAUCAUUGGAGUUGUCGGCAACACUGGUGCAGGUAAAAUUAGCGUCAUCAAUGCUAUGCUUGAUGAAGAGAGGCUUGUUCCUACGAACUGCAUGAGAGCGUGCACUGCAGUGGUUACCGAGAUUAGUUACAAUUCUAGUGAAGAUCCAAGUGCGAUAUAUCGUGGCGAAAUCGAAUUUAUUCAACCGGCAGACUGGGAGAAUGACCUUAAGCUGUCUCUGGCAGAGUUGAAGAAUGACAAUGGUGGCAUCUCCAGGGAAGUUUACAAUGCCGAUUCGGAGGCUGGAAUCGCUUACGCGAAAGUCAGAGCCGUUUAUCCGCAGAAAACAAAAGAAGAACUGGCCUCCAGUAGCGUUGAGGAUCUCAUGAGUGAUCCCGCCGUGAAGAACGUGCUUGGAACCACGAAAAGGGUCGAGAGACCAGAAGCAUUCUCUUUCUAUAGAGCCCUUCAGCAUUAUGUAGACAGCAAAGAGAAGUCCACAGAAACAAAAAAGAAGGAGCAGGGAGAGAGGAAGAAGCAGGAAGUAUGGCCUCUAAUCAAGGUAGUCCGAAGUUUCACCAAGGCCAGCGCUCUUUCCACCGGUGCAAUUGUAGUCGAUCUGCCAGGUGUUCACGACUCAAACGCGGCGAGGGCUGCGGUGGCUGCCGGAUACGUAAUUGGACGAGCAGUCGAUGAUAAGAGUGCAAAGUCACUGCUCGGAGAGUCAUUCCGAAGGCAGCUCAAGUACGACGGCAUUUAUUCUCGAGUCACGUUUAUAUGCUCCAAGACAGACGAUAUAUCUAUCACAGAGGCAGCCGACAGUCUGGGCCUUGAGGACGAAAUGGCAGCGGACUGGGAGAGGAUGGAUGCAAUCGACAAGAGUUUAGCUAUGCUGAAGCAGAAUAUGAAGGAGCUCGGAGAAUCGAGAGCUGUAUACGGCGCAGUGAUAAACGACGCCGAUGAUGCCCUCGAGGCCUGGGAGAAGUUGCAGGAACAAGCUGAGGGUGGUGAGACAGUAUGGGCUCCGAUCGAUGCAUCAAAAAAGCGAAAGCGAUCAGCGGAGCCAAAAGAGUCCAGGAAAAAGUCCAAGACUAGCAAGGCUUCCGAGUCUGGAGACGAUGAUGAUUUUAUUGACGAUGACGAUGAAAGCCAGGCUGCCGAGGAGAGCUAUAGUCCAGAAAACGAGGACACUGACUCCAAGAAAGGUGAUCCAUUGACUCUGGACGCAAUUGAAUCGAGAAUUGAUGAGUUCAAAGAAACAAAGAAAAGGGCGCGCCGGGAGAGGACCGAAAUAGAUGCAAAGGUCAAAGAUCUAAAGAAGCAGCUUGCCGACCUCGACACCACCAGAAGCGAGAUCGAGACCGUGAUGAGCGCCCUUUGCAUCGAUGGUCGCAACAAAUAUUCCAAAGGCGCUAUACAGACCGACUUCGCCGCUGGGAUCAAAGAACUCGAUCAGGAGAACGCCCAGGAAGAAGACGAAGCCAAUUUCAACCCUGAUGAAGAUAUUCGCAAUUACGAAGAAGGUAUUUGCCAGGAGUCUGAAAGUCUUCUGUGUAUCCUCCAGGGCCUAUCAGAAGCUAGAGGUAUGUACUUUCUAAGAGGAAAGGCUUUCGCACACUGUAGAAAGUUGACGGAGGCAAAAAGAGCUUCGAAUUGUCGUCGUUUCCUUACGGACCUCAGCCAGCUUCUGAACUCAUUAAGUCUUUGGGCGAGUGAUAACGGGACUGGUCUUAAACUUUCUAGUGAGAACCUAGCUGCCGAAGCUCAAUUUUUGAAGAGCCGCCUUGCCCGAUUAGAAUCGAGUCUGGAGCUUGGGGUCUCGGAAUGUCUACAAGAGAUAAAACAGACCCUCGCUGAAAACAUAUUCGAGAACUUUGAUCAUGUUGUUCAACAUCCUCCCAUUUUGAGAGGGGCGACUUAUAAGGCGCUCUGUCGUCGGAAUGGAGUGUUCACAAAUGGAAAAGGCCCCCAUGACCUGAAUGCUCAGCUCACAGAGCCCGUGAUUCGGGGCCUCGCAAGCAACUGGGAAAAGGCAUUCGCUCGAAGACUUCCGAGCGUCCUUCAGAGCUUCUCAAAGAAGAGCAAAAGUCUCCUGCUUGCUUUCCAUAAAGAUAUCGAGGUUCGGUGCAUGAAGCAAGGCGUCGGAGUUGCUGGGCUGGCUAUGUUAGGCCAGCAACUUCGUAACUACGAGGGGACAUUCGUUAAUUUGACCUAUGAGAUGGUUGAGUUGAUCUAUUUAUUUAUUUAUUUAUUCUAUUAA